GUGAUGGGUCGGAAGCGGUGUGUCGGUGCAGAUUGUUCGAAGAUGGCGGCCGGGUGCUGCGGGGUGAAGAAGCAGAAGUUGUCGGGAUCCCCCGGCUCGGGGGGACCCGGCGGGGCGGGGAGCGGGGUGGCUGGGGCCGGACACUGCGGAUCGGACUUGGGGAUCGGGUCCUCCUCGACCGUGGUGGCCGGCAACGUGAAUCGGGUAAACGGCCUGGGGGGUCCUGGGGGUAGCAGCAGCAGCAGUGGCGGCGGCGGUGGUGGUAGCAGCGGCAACAGCACUGCUCUGUCCCCGACUCCGGGAGGCUACAACUCCACUGGCCUCUCCCCGAACCUCAGCCCCGGUCCUGGCUCGGGAAGCGGGGCCAGGAAGAUGGUCGUUUCGGCGGAGAUGUGUUGCUUCUGUUUCGACGUGCUUUAUUGCCAUCUAUACGGAUACCAGCCUCCCCGAACACCCAGGUUUACAAACGACCCCUACCCACUGUUUGUCACUUGGAAAAUAGGCCGGGACAAGCGGUUGAGGGGUUGUAUAGGUACAUUUUCUGCCAUGAACCUGCACUCAGGACUCAGGGAGUACACCCUUACCAGUGCCCUUAAAGACAGCCGCUUUCCCCCUAUGACGAGGGACGAGCUGCCGCGCCUCUUCUGCUCAGUGUCUCUGCUCACCAACUUUGAGGAUGUUGGUGAUUACCUAGACUGGGAGGUGGGUGUUCACGGCAUUAGGAUAGAAUUUUUCAAUGAAAAAGGAUCAAAGCGCACCGCCACCUACCUGCCAGAGGUUGCGAAGGAGCAAGGAUGGGACCACAUUCAGACCAUAGAUUCCUUACUUCGAAAGGGAGGUUACAAAGCCCCCAUCACAAACGACUUCAGGAAGACCAUCAAAUUGACCAGGUACCGUAGCGAAAAGAUGACUAUGAGCUACGCGGAGUACAUCGCCCAUCGCCAGCACCACCACUACCAGAACGGCAUCGGGCACCCUCUCCCCCCCUACAACCAUUAUUCCUGACAGCGAGCCGCAUGACCAGUCACUGGACCUCUCCGCGGACCUCUUCCCGGGAGAGCCUGCCCCCUCAUGGUCUAGCUAUCUCUACUACUGUACCAUUUUAUGAUGAUAGUUUCCGUUGCCAUGCCAACAGUCUCCAAGUUGGCGGCAUGGCAGCGGGUGGCAAAGAAGCAUCACGAUUCUGACGCGAAAAAAAGUCAUUUAUUUUCUCCUUUUUUAUCCUUUCUAUUAAUUUAGUUUUUGCAGCAUAUAUAUCGACUUAUAACCCCUUUUUUCUUAUUUUUUUAAAAAGCAAAUAAACAAGUACUACAUUUUUUUUUUUUUUCUAAAAGAUUUUUUUUCCAAGAAUCCUAAUCAGGUUUUCGAGUCUGUGGAUGGAAAUGAGCAUAUUAAUGAGGGGCUUGUCUUGCCGAUAGGAAUUUGCUUCUGUAUGCUAAGCUUUAUGACGAGUGAACACUACACUGUUUCUGCCCAGAUUACAGCCACAGCAGUGAAGUCUACCACACUGAACUGACAAUCAGUGGGGUUUUCAGUCUCCAUGAUAGCAUGUCAUCAUGCAUUGAUGAUGACACUGUCUGCCAUAGCAUAGCUUUGCUUUGGAGAAGGAAAACAACCAAAGCGCGAUGCUGAAUGACAGCAGUGCAAAAAUGAAACACAGCUGGGUGAGUGCUGGUGAAACUGGCAUCAUUGUUGGAUUUUACUCAGGCCAUGAAAGCCUGAGUGGCAGCUGAUUGGCAGAACAGGAGUUGAAAUGCAGAAUCAGUUUGCAGCUUUCGCAUAAUUGGGCACUCAUGCCAGACAAUUUCAUAUAGAUUCUAGUCAUGUAUGAAACAACUAAUAUUCUGUAAAGGCUUUUAAUCAAGCCCUCAUUUUGCAGAUGUUAGCUAAGAGUUAACUAUAACUUUCUCACAUGUUCCCCAGUCAGUCUGUGGGAUGUAACCGGGGCUAAAGUCAUGUGUCCACUCGGCCCUUAGUUUUUCAGGGCAGUUUUUGUUGCUUUUUGUUUGCUUUUAUCAUUUCUCGUUAAAUUGAUUUUAUUUGUGUGGAUCCUGUAGGCAACCACAGAGUUCAAGUGAUUCUCUUUCCUCUCUGUGCGAUUUCCUCAAAAAAUUGAUUGACUGUUGUGAGGGGAGGUGUUUGAAAUUGUGAAUCGUUGUUGUCUUGGAAUUUUUGGGUCGUGAUGCUAAGUAACUGUGAAGUUAGCCAAAGACGGACUAGCUUGAGACAGUUUGCUUUCUUUUCCUCUGUGUGUGGUGUUAGACGUGCGUUGAUAUGUGGACAAACUCGUCAGAAGAAACCGCUAGAUUAAGUUAGCUAUUGAAAAGCCAGAAUAUUUUCUCCACAAUGCCAGGGAGAGCCACUCUUCGCAUUGCUGGUAUUUCGUGACAUCACUGAAUUGAAUUCACGUGGCUCAAGAUAAACAGUCAACUUUUUUGUUUGUAGUGUUUCUAUUUAUGUGGGAGGAAAAAAGAAAAGCAGAUGAAGCCAUUGUGUUCAGUGGUGAUCGUUCACGUUAGGAAAUUCUCCAUUUUGUUCAUUAAAUAGUUUCAAAUGAUGGUAGAAGGUGGUGAAAUUGACAUUGUUAUCUUAGGUGAGAGUCUGUGUUGAGGACUUGGAUUGGCUCUCAACAUUUGCUAGCGAAACCAGCAAAAAUUAGCAAACCUAAGGAGUUAGCAUGUAUAGUUCGUGGCCAGUGGGUUGUCUAACACAUCACCGUUGAUAUUUCCCUCCCUCAGCCACUGUUUUCUAAAACCUUCUUUUCUGUCACACGGAGAGGAAAAUCUGUGCAAGAGACUUAGUUCAAAACGACAGGGACAAGUUUUAAAAAAAAGCCAUACUCUCUUUUUAGUGCAUGCUUUGUCAGGGUGGUUACUCAGUCAAUUUUUUUCUUCGUUCCUUCCCAAAAUUGGGAAUUUGUUUACUUAGAGCUGGAAUAUUCACCCCUCAAGGCUGUGGUUGUU